AUGACGUUUUCAGAAUGUGUAACACUUUUAUUUUUCAUAGACGUUGUCACGACCUUUAGGGUCAAUAUUAGUAAAUGCUACGAUCUAUCUCACAUCGCAGAGGUUUACGUUGGGUUGGGGAGGGUAUGGGACCAUAAGGACGAGAAAAGGACCAAGAGGGAUUUUAAAGGGGGGGUAUGGAACCCUAGGGAUAAUAUAAAGGUCAAUAGGGAUUUAAAGGGAGAGGUAUGGGAUACUCAGGAUGAGAAAAAGGUCAAGAGAGAUUUGAAAGGAUUCGUGGCUUCGAUUUGCCCCUUCAGACUUCCCGAUGCUGUAGUGGAUAUUUGGUACCGGAAGCUUCUGGAUUCUGGGCUAAAUUUACAGGAUCUAUAUCGUGUAAUCCCCUACUGCGAUCCCUCAGACUACCAAUUUCACGACUCGGCCAACAUGCUCCCCCCCCCCUUUGAAAGGUCAAAGUUGGAUAACAUCAUGCCUCUAAUCGGGAGCAAUGAUAAAAAGGAGUUGAAUAAGAAGUAUGAGAAGGCUAUGGAUAAGUUGGAACCCGAAUAUUUGCUUACCGAAUGCUUAAUAUCUGCAAUCAGAGAGAUUUAUGACGUGAUUCCCGAGCGAAAGUUGUCGUACGACGAGGAAUGGGAAAGGUAUGAAGAGGGGAUAAGGGAGGGGUUUAUCGACCAGAAUUUAGCAGAAAACUACUAUUUACCAACUCCAGAUGGUCAGCUCCCCAAGUUAAGGGGUCUCGAGCGUUAUUACCGGGAGCGGGUCAAGGCAGGGGCAGAUCCUGCCAAAGAAGCUGAAAAUAUUUUAACCGCUAUGAAGAAAUUGGGCAAUAGCAGUGAAUUCAAAUUUGAAUUUGAUGCCUUACCAAAAUGGACAAAAGACAUAUCCCUGGCAGUGGUAAAGUACUUUGCCCAAAAGACUAAUGACAGUAGGUUCUUGGAUAUGUUGAUGGAGAUGGGAAAGGAAACGCAAAACAUUAGAGCCAGAGAAGAACGCGAAUUUGAGCUGGGCAAUCAAUACGCAAAGUACUGCUUUGCCCAGCGUAAGAGGACUGAUGGUACGGGACCACAUAAGCCAUCAAAGCCCUUUUGGUUUUGGCGAGACGUCGUUACCCAGGUGUCGCCCAGCGCCGAAUCCACAAUUAAAGAAAUUGUUAGUCAAAUUAAAAGAACGGAUCCGACCAUUGAUACCGACGAGCUUACCAGAGGGACCUUUGAACCUGUCUACCCAUCUUCCAACCCUACAACGGAGGAGAUCGUGCAGUUCGAGAUGAUUAAGGCUAUAAAAUCGUCCAAACAAGGCAAAUUUAGUUCUGUUAAUACAAAUGCCGAGGGUGAAGAAAUGGGAGAUUGUGUUGGACCCUAUAACAAUAAGGCAACAACAUGUGAUAUUAAAGAGUUACUUCCUGGAUUUAACCCACCGGUUCACAUUGCAAACUACUUCAAAGAUUGUCUAUCUCAGCAGAAGUUUGAUGAAGAGCUUAAAAAGUUUAAUUUGGAACACUUUGGAUCUGAGGAGUACAAAAUUUACUUGGGGCAAAUCGUCAAGGGAACCAUAUCCAUGGUAGAAACUCAAACAGCAUAUGUGGAUAUAAGUGCUCAUCUCACUGCAAAACUGCCAAUUCAAGAAGUUUUUGACGAUCCAAAGACAAUUCCACUGGGGGGUCUAAAUAAGUUAUUUAAGGAGGGUGACGUAUUGCACUUUGAAAUUAUAGAGAUAUGGCCCAAUGAGAUAAAGUUAUCCCUGCUGAGUCUGCGGGAGCUGUACAAGUUGAAGUCUGUGCUAGAGUGCCAUUCUCAGAACAAACCAAUGCUUUUCACGGUCAAAGAUUACUACUCUAAAGGGCUUUACGGUGAGGUUUUGGGGUACAGGGCCUUUAUACCCAAAACUCAACUGGGUUUUGACUAUCAAGAUUCGAUUAGACUAUAUCGUCCUGGACUAGAAGGGACAAAAAUUCCUGUAAUGUAUUUAGACUACAGUUACAACGAUAAGGUGGUCAUAGUGAGUAACUGCAAGGCAAUUGAAUACGAGCAAGUGAAGUUUAUAAGGGUUGGAGACAUUUUAAGGUGCAGACCAUAUCAGAUUUCUAAAUAUGGGCUUAUCCUAAAGGCCCUAAAUGUUCAUUGUGUGAUGUCUCCUUAUGAAAUGUCACCCACGCACUUUGAGCAAUACCAAAAGGGAUUCCUUUGCACGAAUGAGAUAUUCGCGCAAGUGAUCGACGUGGGCCAGGUGAGUGUUACCACAGAUGGUGAUAUGCUUGUAGCGCUGUCGUCUCGUCGGGAACUGGAUGGAGAGAUCAUUCCUUCGCCAGUUCCUAACGAAUUUAUCACUACAGAUAGGCAGAGGCGGGGUAUAAACGAAUUUGUAAAGGAUUGGAAGAGAUUUCAAUUGGGCAAUAAGUUUUUGCCCCAUCAGUACCAGCCUCCUCCCCAAGUUAAAUAUGAAACGCCAGCGGGAGGCCUGGACGAAGAAUCCCUAGCACAUACAGCUAAUGAAUGCGAACCGCAGCACUUGGUUACGGGGCAAUACAGCCUGUUAACUAAAACGCCAAACUCUGUAGAUGCCUUGGAUAAGAUUUUCAAUGACAAGGCUGAUGGAGAGGGGGAAAUAGGGGUGUUGAUGGACUUGGACGAUGAGGAAUACGUAAAGAGCGAUAACGUGUUCAAAGAAGGCACGUACGAGAAUAUGAUGUGGUUUUUGGAGACUAUGGAAGGGUGUGUAGAAUUGAGUAGCGCUGAGCAACGAUUUAUUACGAAUGCCUAUAACCAGAACGACCAAGUUAUCAGAUAUUCGAUCAGGGGUAAGAAAAUCGUUGUGGACCUGGAGGAAAACAUUUAUUACAACUGCGAGGAUGAAACUAAGUUCAAGAUCUUCAGCCGUGAUUUACAGCAGAGGCUUAAAAGAUAG